AUGAGCUCUCCCAUCGGCUCUCCUCUUCAGAGACUGGCUUUCUACGUCUCUGAAGCCCUCAGUGUGAAGAUUGACCAGGAAAAUAUGAAACAUGAAACGAAUGAGAAGAAGAAGAAGCGAAAAAAUGUGGUGUUGAGGCAUCUGGAGCCAACAAAGCAUGUGAACUCGAUCCCUGCUUAUUACAAGCAGUUCCCUGUCACUCAGAUCACGAAUCUCAUCGGAAGCCACACCAUUCUGUGGUAUCUUGACAAGGCGAGGAAGAUCCACGCAGUUGAUCUUGAGAUCAGGAGUGGCGUGCAGUGGGUGCAGUUCAUGCAGGAUGUCGCUGCAGGGCGAAGUGAGAAUCCCGUCGAUCAUAUCAGGAUCACUGCUGUCGGGUCCGCCUCUAAAAGGUUGAUUCUUGAGGAGACAGGUCGGGAGCUAGCGAGGUUUGCUGACUCUGUGAACUUGAAGUUCACUUUUGGAGUAGUUCUGGUAGAAGAUGUUCUUGAGCUGGAUCGAGACCUCUUUGAUCUCAAUGCGGAUGAAUCUGUUGUCGUAUACGCGUACUACACUCUGGUGACGUUGGUUGGGAGGGCUGAAAGGCUUGAUCAUGUGAUGGAGGUGAUCAGAAGCCUGAGCCCUUGCAUCAUGUUAGUCACUGAAAUUGAGGCCAAUUGUAACUGUCCGAGUUUUAUUGAGCGAUUUGUUGAGAGUUUGUUUCUAUUUGGGGCGCUUUUCGACUCUCUGUCAGACUGUCUGAAGGGUCAAGAGACGAGUAGGGUGGAUAUCGAGUCCACAUUGUUUAGGUCUUCCAUAAACAAUGUGUUGGCAGCUGAGGAAGAGGAGAGGAUGCUGAGGCAUGUCCCUGUACAUGUUUGGAGGGCUUGUUUUGAUGGUUUUGGGAUGCUGGAGACGGAACUGAGCUUCUCGUCUCUUGAUCAGGCGAACUGGCUCCUCCGGGAAUGCUCCAAUGGGAGCUCCAUCACAAUGUGGAGGAAUGGCGGAUGCCUAAUCAUUGGUUGGAAGGGAACCGCGCUCACUUCACUGUCUGCUUGGAAAGUUCGGAAUCAUUGA